AUGAUCAAUUCCGACUUCGAUUUCGCCUUCGCCUUCGACGACUCUUGCCGGCUUCAACCCAACACCGUCACCCAGUUGCUGGGUUACUCAAUUUUGAAAAUGUUGUCAUCCUCACUACGCCGGGCAGCAUGGGCGCCUAUUGUGCCCAUUCCCGGAAUCUCUCGCACAACCAGCCAAGCUCUUGCUGCAACCUCUAAUGGCCUCCUCGGCGCAACCGAGCAUGUGCGUCAGCGCCGAUACUCGUCCUCCUCGUCGUCGAAACCCAGCGACGGAUCAAGGAAUUUCGACGCCUCUUCUCAGACUCCCGCCAAGGGGGUGAGCUCUGGGGACAAGCGGGAAGGGAAAUCCUCGAAGCGGAGGGGGAAGGAUAGCAACGGCCGGAACGGCUCCAAGUCGAAUCAGCAUGCAGCCUUCUCCAGACUCCCCAGCGUUCCUUCGACGCAGCAUCUUCAGCCUCAUGAUGUCCAUGUCGCGUCCUUCUUCUCCAUCCAUCGCCCUAUUUCCGUUUCUACCACCGUCCCUCCACCUUCCAGCGCCGAGGCUUUUGAUGCCAUCUUUACUGCGAAGAAAUCCUCAAAGUCCGAUCCGGCCGAUGUGAUCCUCACUCUUUCCUCCGCGGUCCAGAACAUGGAAAACUCAGCCUACCAGCUCGGCGAGCACGACGAAUCCACAAACAUCCUGAGUCGUGGCUUCAAUGAGCUCGAAGGGCAGCACCUCGACGGGAUGAACAUGCCCGAGCUCCGGAUCUCGAUCGAGGAGCUCACGAAGCGCCUGCGUCCCUUCCAACCCCCACCACCUCCGGUCCCGUUCGACGAGGCCCAGAAUGCCGCGGAGUCCCAGGAAACCUCGAGCUACUCGACUGUCCUGACCAUCCACGAGUCUACGCACCCGGACGGCCGCAAAACGUAUGAAGCGCACGCCUCGCCCUUCGUCCCGACGCAGGAUAUGGACGCCCCCGGCGCCGCGGAGAACGAGGCCUUCAUCGACGCCCCGCACGGCUCCGGCAGCUCGUACAUCGAGCGCCUGCGCGAUAACACCGGCAUGCACGCCAUCAGCACCCAGCGACGACGCAAGCUGAAGAUGAAGAAGCACAAGUACAAGAAGCUGCUGCGGAGGACGAGAACUCUGAGACGCAAGCUCGACAAGGCUUAA